UCUGAAGAAAGCGGCGUCCGGCGUCGGUGGGGAAGAUAAAGAAAGAGAUGAAGAACAUCGUAUCUACAGAGGAAUCGUCCCCGCAGCGAUGGGGUUUCAAGAUGGACGAUUUCCUGAAGAAGGGAUCUUGUGUUACUGUAAGAAGCCUUCUUACAGAUAUCAAAUCGAAUAUCAAUCCUGCAGAUUCCAGAUCCUUGAUUCCUCUUGGCCAUGGAGAUCCUUCUUCCUUCCCCUGCUUUCAAACCACUCCGGUAGCAGUUGAAGCCAUCGAAUCAGCUCUCCGGUCUUCCAAAUUCAACGGCUAUUCUCCCUCUGCCGGCAUUCCUCUCGCAAGAAAGGCAAUAGCUGAUUAUCUAUCCAAAGAUCUCAAAGAUAAAUUAUCAUCAGAUGAUGUUUAUCUAACGAUUGGAUGCAUACAAGCAAUUGAAGUUAUACUAUCAGUAUUAUCAUCCCGUCCAAAUGCUAAUAUUUUGCUUCCAAAACCUGGGUUUCCCUAUUAUGAAGUCCGUGCAUCUCAUGCUCAUCUUGAAGUUCGUCACUUUGAUCUUAUGCCAGAGAAAAAUUGGGAAGUUGAUCUUGAUGCAGUUGAAGCUCUUGCAGAUGAGAAUACUGUUGCUAUUGUUAUUAUUAAUCCUGGAAAUCCUUGUGGAAAUGUCUUCACAUAUCAACACUUGAACAGGAUUGCUGAAACUGCAAGAAAGUUGGGGAUAUUGAUAAUUGCAGAUGAAGUCUACAAUCAUCUUGUAUUUGGUAAUAACCCGUUUAUAUCUAUGGGAAACUUUGGUUCGAUUGCGCCUGUGAUUACUGUCGGCUCUAUAUCUAAGAGGUGGUUAGUUCCCGGUUGGCGGUUAGGUUGGCUUGUCACUAAUGAUCCUCAAGGCAUUCUUAAAAAACACGGGAUUAUUGAUUCUAUUAUUGACUUCGUUGGUAUUAGUUCUGAACCACCAACAUUUAUCCAGGGAGCUAUUCCUCAGAUCUUGGAGAGGACAAAUGAGGAUUUCUUUUUGAAAACUGUUGAUAUCUUGAGAGAAUGUGCAAAUAUUUGUUAUGAUUCUCUAAAGAAUGUUCCUUGCAUAACUUGUCCUACCAAACCAGAAGGCUCCAUGUUUGUAAUGGUGAAACUUGACGUGUCAAUGCUGGAAGACAUAAUUGAUGAUAUGGACUUUUGUAUGAAGCUGGCAAAAGAAGAAUCUGUAAUGAUCUUACCAGGGGUUGCUUUGGGAUUGAAGAAUUGGUUGCGGGUAACAUUUUCCAUAGAACCAGCAUGUCUCGUAGAUGGGCUUGGUAGGUUGAACGAGUUUUGCAUAAGGCAUGCGAAAAAGAAAUGAGACGGUUUGUAGUGCUUGAAUAACAACUUGGCGUGGAUUAGUUUCAACGCCUUUUGAUGUCUUUUGAAAAGUUUCAACGCCUUUUGAUGAUUUUUGAAAAGCUUCAACGGCUUGUUGAUGUUUUUUGAAAAGCUCAAUUAUCCCAUAUUUGUGUAUGAAUUUCAUUUUUAUGUUAUGAAUCAAUAUAUUGUAUUUUGUAAUAAUUUAUUGACCAGUUUGUAAAUUUUAUUUUGAGAAUAAGAGUUAUGCUUGGAUAAGAAAAUGUCUAUAAACAAAAUUUUAUUUUGUCA